UAUUCAGUUGAUCAUACACUGCGCGCGAGUGUCCGUGUUUUUCUUGUGUUUUGCUAGUAAUUUUUUAAUUAACACAGUUAUAUAGUUGGUGAAAAUGUAUCGUUAUAUUUACGCAUUAUGUUGUGCUAUUCUUAUAUUGUCUGUUACGGAUCCUUUAGAAGGCAAACGAACUUUUGGCGGUGGUAGACACAGUUAUCCCAAAUCUGGUGGCCUUUCGGGUAGUGGAGGCAGCCAUUCAUACCCUUCUUCAGGUGGAUUAUCUGGAGGUAGCCACGGAUAUCCAUCAUCGGGCAGUCGUUAUCCGCCUUCCGGUGGUUUAUCCGGUGGUGGUUCAGGAUAUCCUUCAUCGGGGGGUAGCCACUCAUACCCCUCAUCUGGAGGCAGUCACUCGCAUCCCUCAUCGGGUGGCAGUCAUACAUAUCCUUCCUCCGGAGGAAGCCAUGGUUAUCCCGCAGGAAAAGGAUUGUCUGGGAACUCACCUAGUAGUGGAGCAGGCCAUACUACCAAUAUACACAACCAUUACCACUACAGCCCCCCACAACAAAUCAGGUACACUCCGGUCCACGGUGGGGCUCCCGUAAGCUAUCCUGUCUACCGAGGCUCACCACCCACCUACGUCUAUCAAUACAAAGACUCUGGAAGUAAAUAUGGUACAUUAUUAGCCGGACUAGCAUUGCUUAACCUCGGAACACUAGCCGGAGGCGCAUACGCUCUUAGCCAUUCGGGUCAUUCGAGUUCAAGUUACAAGCCUCAGCCAGGCGAGGUCUGCAAGUUUGGUAUUAAAAAGGAUAACGGCGAUUAUGAGGAAACGAAAAUCGACUGUCGGUUAAUAACAAGUUUCAUUUUCGAAGAAGAAGCGAAAGCUAAAAAUGGCGCCGUAAACACGACAAUCACGACGACGACGACUAAUGUAACCACAGUGAAUGCACCUGCGUCAGUGGCGCCGGAAGUGCACGUAAAACCGUUAUAUGAAAUGUUGCCCAAUGGAACAUUAGUCCCCUAUAAUGCAACUGACGUCACCGCAGGUAAUGCAACAAGCGAUGGCUCAGUCAAUAACACGUCAUCUGUUACGACAAUAACAACUACUAAUACGACAGUAACGAGCGCUUUAGACGUAAAGGGGAAGCCCGUGGAAGUGACACCUGGGAUGCAGUGUUACGUCAUAAGACACACCUCGACGUCAAACAUGAAGCGGUCUGUGCCCUGCCGUCUCUUACAGUCCUAUGCCGACCAAUCUCUAAAGAAGAAUUCGGCCUCUAGGACCGUACCCGUCUUUACUAUAAUCACAGUCAUCCUAAGUAUGCUAGUGAUUCAUUAAUUUAAUGAAUUCAAUCGUAAUUAGUUCUUAAUUGAUAGGUCCAUUAAGCGUAUUUUCACUUUCGAAUUUAUCAAACUAAAAACAUCAUAUAUCUACGUUGAGGCCAUAAUUUGUAUUAAAUCUAUCGAUUUUGAUCUUUUGUAUUGUAAAGUCUGAAUAAAUGGUACUAUUAUAUGCAGCUUCGAUUUCCUUUAAAGACAUUUUAUACUUUUAUUCUAGUACUUACUUUUAGAUUGUAUAUUGUUAUAUGUGAUAUUUUAUAAAGUAUUUGUAGUUUAAUAAACUUGUGUUACGAA